AUGUGGCUAUUAAUCGAGGACGGAUAUAAACGUCCGAAAGAGGAAUAUUCGGAAACUGAGUUCAAACGCUUAGCGUUCUAUACCUAUGAAGAAAGAGAUCCUGCGAAGCAGAAUUCUGAUGGAUUGAAUGCCAUAAUAUAUGCAGUAAGCCAUGAUCUUCUACAUCAUGUUCUGUCAUGUGAGACUUCUAAGAAGCAUAAGAUAUUCUUGAGACUGACUGAGAAACGUUGUCAAGAGGAUGAAAUACUUGUUGAUAAAGAGCUUAACUCAACAAUUCUUCUCCUAACACAGCGGAUUGAGGAUGUUUUAUUGAAAGAUAACUCUAAUCCUGACACACUAUCUUUUUGUUAUGAAAAAGAUAAUAUUCCGGAGGACAAACUCUGUGAAGGAACAUUAAGCUAUAAUGUACUUCUUGCCAAUUCUAAUAGUGAUGAAUCUUCUGAGCCUAAUCAACUCCUAAAGAACUGUUUAGAAAAACUUGAGUUAGGAAUUAAAGAAAAUCAAAAGUUAAGUCUAGAACUUGAAAAGCUUUUGGAACCCCUAUCAGAUAAACCUCAUGCGGAUGUCGGAAGAAUGUUCUGGACAGAUUUGGCAGCUAUGGCUGCCGGUGCACUCGCAGUUGAGUUUUUCCAUGAUUGCGAAGGUCGAUUGACGUUGAUGGGAUGUAUUGAUUUCUUCCCAAUCGUGUUUGUUCCGUUUUUCAUGUCAUUCUCCGAGGAGGGAUUUGAUUUGACCUGGCUGGGAAUGCUUAGUAUAGGUUGCCUAUGGGGAAUGGCUAUCACAAGCUUACCAAUAUAUAUUUCAGAGCUUUCUUCAUCUACCACAAGAGGUGCCUUUGUUAGCACAAUCUUCUUGCAGAUAUCUGGAGGCAAAAUCCUCUACCUUCUUAUCAAUCUAAUGUCCUCAACUAAGAAAGACGAGGCAUGGCAUUGGAAGAUCGGAAGAAUUCCAACGAUAAUUCAUGUCAUUGCAUUAAUCAUGGGUGCACUUCCAGAGUCUCCUAGGUGGCUUUAUAGAGAGGGACGGAAAGAGAAAGCUGUUGAAACAUUACAUAAGAUAAGAUCUCCUUGCGAAGUUUCCAAAGAGAUGAAGAUAAUGAAGUCGGCAAUGGAAGCUGAAAUAGCCAAAGAAGGUAGGAUUGAGGAUUAUGACAAGUUGUAUCGGACCACGGAUCCGCUCAGGCUUUUCUCCAGACGGUAUGCAGAUUUAAAAUCUAACCUACCAUACAGAAGGAUUAUCGCAGGUGUUGGCUAUCUAGUUGCUCAACAGUUUGUGGGUAUGAACAUGAUCAUGCACUACUGCUACACGAUAUUUCAUUUGGUUGGCGCUGGACAAUAUAUCAGUGAAAAUGACGAUGAGGUAGCUGAAAAGUCAGCCCUGGCAAUUCCUCUUGUCACAUAUGUUCUCUCUAUUAUCGGCACAAUCUUGUGUACAGCUUUGGUAGAUCGUUUAGGGAGGAGAAGACUUCUUUUAAUUAGCAUAUCUGGAAUCAUGACAUCCCUCGGAUUGUUAUCAUAUAUGUUCUCCGUCGGAGUUAAGGGCCAUGACCUUAGCGUGGAGGGUCAUAUUUGGCAUAGCAACGAAGAAGGAAUAUCGAUUUUUGGAUUAUUAGCAUCGGUGGCACUAGCGAUGUACUUUAUAUUCUACUCAUUAGGUAUAGGCACGGUCCCAUGGAUCAUCAAUUCUGAGAUAUACCCAACCAAGUAUAGAACUGUUGGUGGAGUACGGGGUACAAUGGCUUACUCAGCUUCUAAAAUACUGGUCCAUUACUUUUUUCUAGAUGUUGUUGGUGACAGUCAUGGCGUCGUGUAUAUGCUUUUUGUGCUGCAGUUGUUUUCAUUGCUUGUCGGAUUAUUCUUCUACUUAUGCGUUCCAGAAACCAAGGGAUACCCACUUGAAGAGGUAGAGAAGUUCCUGCUUGAAAAAGAAAAUAUCAUCAAGCUACGUGAUUGUGCUUGUGAUGAUAAGCAUGUGGAGUCGUAG